AUGACUUCUAGUCUCGUAGAUGAGGGUAAAAAAUACGCCCUCAAUGCGGCUAAGAAGGCUGUGAAAGACAUCACGGGUAGUAAUUCAAAGAAGAAGGCAGACAAGCCCCUUGGCGAUAAGGACGAUCCUGUGGACGGUCUUGUCCGCGUAGCCGCCACUGUUGUCGGCUUCACAUCAGAAGCAAUUCAAUAUCGAAAAGACAAGAAGCUUCAAAAGACCGUCAAUUCAAACAGUCAAGUGAGCCCAUCCACCAUCGAAUUACUGGAGAUGAAAGCAGACGUCUCGGGCCUGAGCAAUGAUGGCGCGCCCGCGUUGCCAGGGCCUACGUCAUCAACGCUGGAUCCGAGUGAGAGUCACUGGCGGAGGGAUGAAGAAUCACAAACAACACAAAACGCAGCUCAUUUCAAGAGCGAGGCUACAUUGGUCGACAGGAGCCAGCCUGCGAGCCAGCCGACUGUCAAUGGGACGAUACAAAGUGAACAAGACGCCGGCCCGUCCACGAAGGAAUCAAACGAUCUAGCGAUCGCAUUUCUCAAGCGACAUCCAUAUGAGGGCGGUGAUACUACAGACGAGCGAAUGGCGUCCGCAGUGGUGUUGCCGCAGAGACGUCCCAAGAACAGAGCGCGCGGAUUCGUAAGAGCGUACGCACCAGUUCUCAACACCGCAGGCAUCGAUCAAGCGACCUUUCUCGACUUUGUUGACACAUUCAAUCAAUCGCUUGAGCCAAACCCAUAUCUGAAUGUCAUCAACCUCGCUGGCUUUGCAGGCGAGGCUGCGCCUGAUCCAUUUUCCCUACUCAUCGGGUUGGCCGUGGACGUGGGCACAUAUGCUCUCCUCGAGGCCGACAGCCGCAACCGGUCGUCUAGGUUCCUUGAUCGCAUCAACGCUGGUUUCUUCAUGCCCCGAGGCCUUGCAUGCUUUUGCGCCACCUGGAGGUCCGACGCAGAGAGCCAGGAGAAGCUGGUCACAGCUGUUGACUUUGAAGGCCAGACGUUCGAGGCGCCUACGGAGACAGACUUCAUACAGCAAGCGAGGAAGGCGAUGCUGCAGAAGUCCUCGAGAGACGAUAUGGUGAACAAACUCCAGCAGCAAAUCCAGGACCGCAUGAAGCCUUGCCGGGGGGCAUUCAAUUGGCCCGAGCCCGCACCACUCAUAUUUCCCUCGGCCGACGAAACAAAAGCUGUCAUGUGCACUAAGCCUGACGGAAAGCCGAAGGGCGGAUUCGAUCGUGGAGAGAUUUGGGCCGACAACUUCUCUGAUAGGCGCGCGCAGGCCAAGUGGAUGCAGAAGAAUCCCGGCUUCAAUGUUGCUGCAUCAAUGCCGAAACCAGAGUUCAAAUCUCGAUAUGCAGACCCAAAUCACCCAGCUUCGAGUGGGGACAUCGUUGCGUUUAUAACCGCCGGCAAAUGGUCUACCAGAGGACAGGUAACGGCUGCAGGACCUGUCCUCAUUCCAGCAAGUCAGGAUUCCGAUGGGGAACAGCAAAAGUCUGGAUCUGGAGAAGAACGGGAGACGAAAAUGGCAGCCAUAGAUGAGCAUGAAGAAGAGACUGAGAAAGACCGAAACAAAAGGCUCAAAAAAGAGGAGAAGGAGAGGAAGAAACAGCUGAAGAAGGAGUUGGAGCUAGAGAAAAAAAGGGCGAAGGAGAGCGGCAGUAAAUAUUCCGGCAAUGGAUUCAAAAGUCUUUUUCAAAAGGAUGUUCUUUAUCUGAUCAUCAUCGACAUUCGACCAAACCCUGAAAACAGCUGUUAG